CAAGUGUUACUAGUGUUUCUACUUCUGUUACUUAUCCAUUGAGAUUUAAAUCUCUUUUUACCAGAGAUACUUGGUCAAGAAGUAAAAACAGACAAAUACUGUUUCACACACACAAUCUUCAAAGUGGAACUUCAAUAAUAAACCUUAAAGAAUGUUCACAGUAAAACUUAGAUUGACUUCAUUUAGUAUCCAGCUCUGAGGAUUUCUAAUCCUCGUGUAAAUGAGCUCAGGACGAGGAGUCAGCAGGUUUAAACACUGGAGGACAAACCAUUAUAACAUCACCUGUUAAACAAAGCUUUGACAACAACUGGCACCUCACAGUGAAGCUCACGGAAGUCAACCAAUCCUGUCGUCCACUCCUCUGCAGAUCCUCCUCUACCUCAACUCCUGGUACUUUGCAGCCUUCUACCUGGCAGAGAUUCUCAUGUUCAUCUAUAAAGGUGUUUCUCUCCCGUACCCGUCUGACAACCUGGUUCUGGACGUGGUUCUGCUGCUCAUCUUCCUCGGACUGGAGACACUCAGGAUCUUCUAUGGUUGGAAGGGGAACCUGUGUGAGCGCUCUCUGGCCUCGUGUGCGUCGCUCUUCAUCCUGCUGCCCUGCGGCGCGCUCGCCGUUUACUUCCUGCUGCUGCAGACCUUCGUUCUGCGGCUGGAGUUCAUCCUCGGCGCCGUCCUGCUCUGCUUCUAUGCCCUGGAGCUGCUGCUCGGGCUCCUCUCCUUAUCCGCCUUCUCCAGGUCCAAAGUUUACUGAAGAACAAAGUUCACCUGAAACAGAACAUGACGACAGAUCCACUGUAAAUAUAAAAGUCAAAAUCUGUCUGACACUAAUCAUCUUCUACUGUUUUGUACAAAAUGUUUUAUAAAUGUUUCAAAGACUUUGUGUAAAUAAAUUCUGGUUCAUUCUA